AUGUGGAAAGCGGCAACAGAUGUUACGGCACCAGCACCGGCCGAGGCUGACGAUUGGGAGACAGAUCCGGAUUUUGUUAAUGAAAUCAGCGAACAUGAGCAGCGUUGGGGGCCUGGCGGGAGGAAUGUGGAAGCCAUUGACAUGGCGAAGUUGAGAGAGGAGGUCUUGGAGGAAGACAAGUUGAGGAAAAAUAAGGAAUACGAGCAAGGACCUAAACCUUCUUUCGGAUACGGUGGCAAGUUCGGCGUGCAAGAAGACCGAAUGGACAAGUCCGCUGUCGGCCACGACUACGUCGGGAAGACCGAGAAGCAUGUCUCUCAGAAAGACUAUGCCCAAGGCUUCGGCGGCAAGUUCGGCGUGCAGACGGACAGAAUGGACAAGUCGGCGGUCGGCCACGACUACGUGGCCAAAGUGGACAAGCACGUGUCGCAGACCGACUACGCGGUGGGCUUCGGCGGCAAGUUCGGCGUGCAGAGCGACCGCGUCGACAAGAGCGCGGCCGGCUGGGAGCACCGCGAGGAGCUUCCGAAGCACCCCUCGCAGAAGGACUACUCGGUGGGCUUCGGCGGCAAGUUCGGCGUGCAGAGCGACCGCGUCGACAAGGCCGCGCUCGGCUGGGACCACCACGAGCAGCCCCACCAGCACCACUCGCAGACCGACUGCGCGCUGGGCUUCGGCGGCAAGUUCGGCGUGCAGAGCGACCGGCAGGACGCCUCGGCGCUGGGCUGGGACCACGUCGAGCGCGCGCCCAAGCACGCCAGCCAGACCGACCACAACAAGGGCUUCGGCGGCAAGUUCGGCGUGCAGAGCGACCGAGUGGACGGCUCCGCGCACCGCUUCGACUCGCCCGGCCCAGUGGGGACGGCGUACGCACGCCCCAAGCCGGAGCUGGGCGCAGCCAAGCCCUCCUCCAUACGCGCCAAGUUCGAGAACAUGGCCAGGGAGAAGGAGCAGGAAGCAAUGCAGUCCGUGCAGAAGAUAAGGCAAGAGAGACAGAUGAUGGACAAGGAGCUAUCGCAGAAGGAGAAAGAGAAGCUGUCAAAGGAGAAAGAAGAGACGCUCAACGAAGAUCCGAAGCCGAAAGAGACAGCCCCGAAACAGCCCGAAGCAGAGGUAAAGGUAGCGGAACAUAUCAAGCAGGCGGAGGGAAAGAGAGAAUCGAUCCAAGCAAACGAGAAGAGUGACAAGAAGGAGGAGAUCCCGGUUAGCCAAAUACCAGAAACAGAGGCCAAAGAGGUUCCAGUGAGCAAACAUUCCGAAGCGACGCAGCCCAAUUUGCCCGAUGUCACCCUUGUAGGCGAGCCCAAAGAGAUCAAGGAGGUCAAAGAGUGCCGGCAGCCGACGAUCGUGGUGUCGCCGGUGGGGUGGGAGGCGGCCGCGGGGGAGGGCGAGGGCGACGGGGAGGGCGACGAGGAGGAGGAGGGGUACACGGCGCGCGCGCUCUACGACUACCAGGCGGCGGCGCCCGACGAGAUCUCCUUCGACCCGGACGACCUCAUCACCAACAUCGUCAUGAUCGACGAGGGCUGGUGGCAGGGCCUGUGCAAAGGCGCCUACGGCCUCUUCCCCGCCAACUACGUCCAGUUGCAGGACAAG